AUAAUUUUUUCAACAUCUGGCGAAUCAUAUGCAGAAGAUUCUCAUCAAAGUGAUGGUAAUUCGUACAUAACUGACAGUGAUGCUGAUCAUUCUACAACACUGUCAAGCUCAAAUAUAAGUUAUACUAGUCCGGAUAUUGCAGUUGCUGCAAAUAACAUAAAUAAUAAUGAUAAUGAAAUUGACAGUGAUAGUGUGGUAAGUUCUGAUUCUAACACUGAUACAGAAGAGGAUGAAAGUGAUUGGGAAGAUGAAAAAUUUGGUAAUAUACAAGAUUUUGAAUUUGAUGUUAGUACAGCUGGAACAAAAUUUGAAAUAAACAAUGAGACUUCAGCUAUUGAUGUUUUUUUUAAAUUUUGGGAUGAGGAAGUAUUCAACUUAUUACUUACAUGCACUAAUAACUAUGCAAAAAAAAUUGGCACUUUAACUCGUCCUCAUACAAAAGGUAGUAGAGCUAAAAAUAUUACAAAAAUUACUCGAGAAGACUUAGAAAAAUUUAUUGGAUUAUGUUUACUCAAGAGUCAGUUGAAAAUCCCAAUAUUACGAAAAGCAUUUAGCAAUAAUCCAAUGUAUUACCAUCCCAUUUUUAAUUAUACUAUGUCUGGUAGAAAAUUUGAAAAAAUUCUUAGAUGUUUUAAUAGCUCCGAAGGUAUUUCUAUAAAUCCUUGUGAUAGAUUACAUAAAGUUUCAACAUUAGUUGACAUACUAAAAAACAAAUUUCAAUCUAAUUUCAGCCCUUAUGAGGCUCUAUCUUUGGAUGAGUCCAUGUUGCUUUGGAGAGGGCGACUAUUAUUCAGACAAUAUAUAAAAAAUAAAAAAAACAAAUAUGGAAUUAAGUUUUUUGAGUUAUGUACACCUGACGGUUAUGUACUGAAUACUGAAAUUUAUAAAGGAAAGACUGAUCAGGUGUCAAAUGGUUCAAAAAUAAAUGAUCUAGUCAUCAGAUUGAUGAAACCAUAUAUAAAUAAGGGUCACCAUUUAUACAUGGACAAUUUUUAUAACUCAGUGGAUUUGUCAAAUAUUUUGUAUAAGAAGAAAACACAUACAACAGGCACAUUAAGAAGUAAUAGAAAGAAAAAUCCAAAAUCAAUUACAACAAAAACUUUGAAAUUGAAAUUUGGUCAACAUGUUUUUGCUAAAAAGGGCCCAAUUUAUGUCAGUCGCUGGAGGGAUAAACGGGAAGUGCUAUCAAUUACAACUGGACACAAACCUGAGAUGGUUUCAGUCAAAAAUAAAUAUGGACAACAAAAAAUGAAGCCCAAGCACAUUGCUGAGUACAACUUAAACAUGUCAGGGAUUGAUCGAAGCGACCAAAUGAUAAGUUACUAUUCUUCACCAAGAAAAACUAUUAGGUGGUAUAAGAAAGUUAUCUUCCACUUUCUGGAUAUUUCUGUAUGGAAUGCAUACUAUUUGUAUAAAAAAUCCCUGUCAACUAGCAACUACCGUUUUAUUGAUUUUCGUGAAGCCAUAAUUCAAAAACUAAUAUAUUUACCAGAGAACAUUAUUCAUGGAAACCAACUAAUUAAAAAUAAAAAUAUUCAUAGAAAUAUGAAUAAUUUACCAAGACCAACAUCGCCAAUUUUAGGACACAUGCAAGAAAAAAUUCCACAUCCUCCAGGUUGGAAAAGAAGUGGAUAUUUCCUGCGAUGUAGACAGUGCACAAAGCAAAAAAAAGUUAAACAGACCUCAUGGAGGUGCAAAAUGUGUCCUGAGCAACCGCCAUUAUGUCCAGGAAUUUGUUUUUCAAUGUAUCAUAAACUUGAGUAAUAAUCAUAUAAAUAAAACCAAUUUAAUAUUUAUGUUUUA